AUGCUCUCCGACAAUGACGGAAAGAAAUCCAGCACAAGCGACAGGGCUGCCGAUUUUGCUGAGGGCCAAGUAGAGGAUCGGAGCAGGCCGAGCCAUGAAGUCUUACACAGGAUUUACAAUAUUUGGACUGCAUCCGCAUAUCAGGUUUUGAUGAUGGCCAGCUGGACUUGCAAUAUCGUUCUCUACAGCACCGUAACUGAUCUCGGUGGUCCAAUGAUGUUGAUCUAUUCAACCAUCUUUGUUACUAUCGGUCAAUGUCUGAUGAUGAGUUCCCUGGCCGAGAUGUGUGCCGUUUGGCCCUACGCUGGUGGCCAACACACUCGCCGCUUCUUAUCCUACGCUAUCGGUUGGGUCAUUUUCUUUGGCGAAAUCGCCACUUCGGCUGGCUGUGCCAUGAACAAUGCGCAGAUUAUUGGCUCGUUGAUUCAGUUGAGCCACCCUGAAUUUGAAUUGACGAGAUACAGGACGUGGCUGCUUUACAUCGCAACCCUGAUCCCCGCUGGCUUUUUUUCCUUGUCCCAAAAACAUCUACCGUGGAUUGCCGUUGUAGGAGGUUUCAUAACUUUUGGCGGAGGCAUAGCGUGGGCGGCAACCUUCUUGGCGCUGUCGCCGAAGCAGACCGCCAGCUUCGUCUUCACGCAAUUCAUGAACCAGUCUGGAUACACAAGCACUGGCUGGGUCGUGAUAAUGAGCUUUUAUACCCCGGUUUACGCCCUCUAUGGCACCGACGGCAUCCUUCACAUAGCCGAAGAGAUUAAAGAUGCGCCGAAAACGGCUCCGAGAGCCAUGGUAUGGUCCAUGAUAUUCAGCGGCCUUACCUCAUUCCUAUGUGCUAUAGUCAUGUCGUUCUGUUAUGGGAAUUGGGAAGUAUACAUGCAGUCCGAUCUGCCCUUUGUGUCAUGGUUCAUUGACACCCUUCGUGGUGUAACCGGCGGCACAGCCUUCCUGGUCGCCAUAAUCGUGCUCCCCAAUUUCCUUAUUGUUAUCGGCAUCAACACUGCAUCAUCUCGGCUUGUCUGGAGCAUGGCACGCGACAACGCAUUGCCCCUCUCGAAAUCGUUCGCGAAAAUCAACCAGACACUCCAGACUCCACUCAACGCCAUUCUUCUCUUCAUUUCACUCGAAAUAGUCAUAGGUGUCAUUGUUUUUGUCAGCGAUUACGCCUUUCAGGUAAUCGUCAGCUUCGGCGGAGUUGCUAUGCAGAUGAGCUACCUAAUUCCAGUGCUUUUGCUGCUCUGGCGCGGUCGGUCUGCUCUUCCUUUGCAAAGGGCAUUUACUCUUGGGCGCUUCGGCCUUGGUAUCAACAUCGCGGCAGCUUGCUGGUCAUCCCUUAUCAUCGUAAUGCUCUUCUUCCCUCUUUACGCCCCAGUGAACGCCAGUAAUCUUUUCGAUAUGAACUGGGCCAUUGCGAUGGUAGGAGGCAUUAUUGUUUUGGUUUCGGUGGAUUGGGUAGUGCGUGGACGAUUUUGCUACACUAUCUCUGAAGAGUAA